AUGUCAGAAUACGAUGACUAUUUAAUGGUAGAAUCAGAAUCAGGAAAACCAAGCUUAAUGUUUUCAGAUCCAAAACAACAGGCCAGAUUCGAAUUAGGUAUAUCAAUGCUAGUAUAUAGUUGGGAUGCAUUAGAUAUUGCAGUUAUAAAUCAAUGGGGUGGUAUUGAAUCUGCAGAAAAAAGAGAUUGGAUAACCGGUAUCAUCGUGGAUCUAUUUAAAAAUAAUAAAGCAGUUGAUUCUCCAUUACUUGAAGAGACCCUAUUGUAUGCAAUGUUGGACGAAUUUGACACCCAUGUUGACGAUGGAUCUGCUCAACCAAUUGCAAAUAACAUGAUCAUAUUAUAUGAUGAAUGUAGGCAAUUAAACUAUAGUAGAGUAGAAGAGUUAUAUACCAAAUGGCUAGAAAGGCAAAAAACAGGUGCUAAUAAGGAAAGAUAUGUUGAAAUCAACAAAGUAAUUAGUGAUAGUGAAGAAGAUGAAGAUAUGAAUGUUGAGGUAGAACAAGACCAUAUUGAACCAGCUUCAAGAUAUGAACCAAUUAUUGACGAUGAUGGGUUUGAAAUGGUUCAAAAAAAAGGGAGAAGAAGAUAUUAG